UUUGGCUCAGGGAGAGUCUGAACCCACACCCCACGUCCGAGAGCUAAGCGCCAAGAGGAAGCCAUGGCGCGUGGAAUCAUCAAGCACCUGAAGCGCAUGUAUGCGCCCAAGCACUGGAUGCUCGACAAGCUCAGGGGCCGUUGGGCACCGAAGCCGAAUGCCGGGCCUCACAAGCUCCGGGAGUGCAUGCCCCUCAUCGUCAUGCUCCGCCAGCGGCUCAAGUAUGCCCUCACCUACCACGAGGUAAAGAUGAUCGUCAUGCAGCGCCUGAUCAAGGUGGAUGGCAAGGUGCGCACGGACAUGUUCUACCCCGCGGGCUUCAUGGAUGUGGUGAACAUCGAGAAGACAAAGGAGAACUUCCGACUGCUCUACAACACCAAGGGAAGGUUCAAUCUCCACAAGGUGACAAAGGAGGAGGCUGGCUACAAGCUCUGCCGGGUGAAGCGGGUCUUGCGCGGACCCAAGGGUGUGCCCUACGCGGUCACCCACGACGGCCGCACCCUGCGGUACCCUGACCCGGACAUCAAGGCGAACGACACGGUGCGUCUGGAGCUGAGCACUGGCAAGAUCCUGGACCAUGUGAAGUUCGAGACGGGGAACGUGGUGAUGAUCAGCGGUGGAAACAACAUUGGCCGAGUGGGUGUGAUCACCCACGAGGAGAAACAUCCGGGCUCCUUUGAGAUGGUGCACAUCAAGGAUUCCGCCGGCCAUAGCUUCAACACGCGAUUGGAGAACGUGUUCGUGAUUGGCCAGGGCAACAAGCCAUGGAUCUCGCUGCCAAAGGGAAACGGGAUCAAGCUGAGCAUUGUGGAGGACCGCGCUCAGAGGAUGACCAGGAAGUGAGCGGGGCGAGCGGAUUUUGUGGGGACGGGAAAAGGCAA